UCUGCGCUCCGUGCUGCACGCGUUGUCUCUGCGCUCGGGUUGUUGUUGUUUCCUCUGCGUCUUCACCCUCCCUCCGUCGUGUUCCCCAGCGCUCGCCGACCAACCACCCGCGCUCUCGCGCCAAACGACUCAUCCCCAUCGCGCGCGCGCUCCCCAUUCAGCAGCGCGCUGCACAGCGAGACGAGGACGAGGCGCGCGCGCGCCCGUGCGCCCUGCGCGCGCCGUGCGCGAUUGCAACGCGUGAAUAACUAACGACGCGCGAAGGCCGAAGCGAACGCACUUGUAGCGGCAAAAGACUGGAGAAGAAGACCAAGAAGGGCUCGCUCGCCGACAGGCGAAGGUGCGCAGUGACGAUGCCGCACGGCGUGGAACAGCAGCAGCAACAGCAGCAGCAGCUGCAACAGCAGCAGCAGCUGCAGCUGCAGCAGCAGCAGACGACGACCAUGACGGAAUCCUCGGACUCUUCUUUUAACCUGGGUAGAAGAAAUUCUGGCCGACUUUUCGGGAAGUCAAGGAACGUGGACAACGCGGACUCGGAUGAUGGACUGAGCCCCACGAGCAGCGCCAUGAUGUCGCUCAAGAAGCAGGAGUCGCAAUACCACAAACUGUUCCCCAGCAUCCCCCAGCAGGAGCUACUUCUCGAGACGUAUAGCUGUGCUCUCAAGAAGGACUUCCUGUACCACGGCAAGAUGUUCAUCUCGCAGAACUGGAUCUGUUUCCACUCUCGCAUCAUCCACAAACAGCUGCAGGUGAUCAUCCCCAUGGGGUCGGUGCGCACCAUCCAGAAGCACCGCAUGGUGAAGCUGCUGCCGAACGCGCUGUGUCUGCUCACCAGCGACGGCACCAAGUACCGCUUCACCUCCCUGAUGUCACGCGACACCACCUACAACCACCUCCACUCGCUCUGCAAAAACCUGGAGGACGACAACUCCGAGGCAGCGUUGCCCUGCCCAGACCCCAGCCGCUCCGCGCCCUCACGAAGGCCAAGGCCACGGUCGCUGCUCCUGAACCCGACGGAGGAAUUCUCGCGCAGCGGCGGCGGCGUCAGGCGGAGAGCCUCGUGCCAGGAGCAGGCGCUGGCUCGGACUCCGCUCAGCGGAGACUUGAAGGGCAGCUACUGCACGCAGUGCGACACACCGCCUCGAAUCGACUCGCCUGACGGCGCGACGGACGCGCACUUCGACAACGGCGAGGACGACGACUCAGACGGCGGCCGCCGCGGGAGCACGCCGCGAUCUGACAGCGAGGGCGGCUCGCAGACCCACGGAGCCGAGAGCGGCCACUCGGGCAGAGACCCCCCCAGGUGCAACGGCCACGCGAAGGCCCCGCCCGGGUGGCCGUCCCCUGCGCUCACGGACCCCGGCCCAGCGGGGAAGAAGCGAUCGCUGUCUCUGCUCUGGCUUUAUUUCUUCAUCGUCCUACUGCUGGUGUUGGUGAGUUGCUACAUGGCGGUGCGCAUCAACCUCCUGGAGCAGAUGUUGGCCCGGAUACCGAUCCCUCCAAAGCCGCCCCUGCGUCCGCAGAGGUGAUGGUCGCACUUCCUCGACCUCCUCGGUACGGAGAGGUGUGACGCGAGCAGUCUGGGUCACGGCUUCUGGGCCAAGACCCUACAACGGGAAACACCUCGCGCCGAGCUGCAGGCAGAGUUGGUGGGGGGUGGAGUGGGGGGGGGAGUCGGUGACUCUGACCCGUCCCCACUGGGCGACUUUGACGAACGGCGCAGCGAGCGCGACAGACAUGAAGCUGAUCAAUUCAACGCGGGGGGAGAGUGGUGGGGGGGGGGGUCGAUGUGGACCAACGUGUUUGCGUCUUGCACCCACGCACGACGCACGACUUCGUUUUGUCCACGGGGUCUUAUGCCCAUUAGCGGGAUUCUGUUUCGCUGUUGUUGUUUGAGCAAAGUUGGAACUUUGCGCCGUGUACUACUAUACGCGCACUUUGUAUUUAUACCACAAAUCAGUUGAUGACCUUCGACGUUGCGCACUGGGAGCGUAGCCCCGUAGCGGGCGAUGUGCGGAUUUCCUUUGUUGAUUAUCUUUUUGGGUAGUGCGGAAGAGUAGGCCGAAUACCGUCGUGUGUGUGUUGAGCUUCUUUCGUUCCGUGCGUAGCCGACCGCGCUAAUCUCAAGAUCCGGAUUCUCUGCAGGUCUCUGUUGCAUGCGGUGGGGUAAAACGUGGGCACUCCCACCUUUACCAACAUUGUCUCGACAGCAUGAAAGAGUAGGCCGAACACCAUCUACAGGGGCGGUGAGCUUCUCUGGAGCUCUCUCCAAUUGGGGAGUGGGGGGGGGAGCCUUCCACCAGCAGCGGAGAGAGCAAGACAUUGCUGCACCUUUACCUUUACAAGAUCACGAUCCGUGCGGCAGAUGAAGCUUUUAACUUGGAGGUGAACUUUCGCCGACGAGUUCCGUGAUUAUUUCCUGUCGUCAUUCACAUUUUUUGUCGGGAACGGCGCGUUUCAUUACUGGCGGACAAACAACACGACGUGACUACGUGUGUGUGUGUGCGUGCGUGUCGUCUGUGUGUCCGUUGUGGGCAGCGGUAGAGUAGCGAUGAGCGCUACGCUGCGCUACGAACCUGGCCACCCGGGUUCUAUUUCCCGCUCACGGCCAACACCAGUGACGAUUAUCUGAACCGCUCCUGGGCCUCCCAUUGGUCGACUCAGACUCCAAAUGAGUACCUGGUGCGGCGUGUAAACAUUGCCACGAGGGAGACAAAGGCGGACGGGUGUGGUGUUGGCCACCCACCCCCUCGUGUACCGUGCCGGCCUUCAUAGGUGCUCGCUAACAGCGCUUGCCCCGACAGUCUGUUAAGGCUGCAGGCGGGAUGUUUGUCGUAUGCUCGUGUGUCUGUGUGCACGACGCGCUCUGUCCAAACCGCGUCGUGCCCACCAGAAGGAGCUUUAAACGCCUCCGGCACCGCGCAUCGAAUACGGCACCAUAGCGUUCGGUGCAGAGCAAGCCGCGGGUGUGUAAUGCACGUGAAGAGGAUUGAGCGAUUUGCACCUCGACAAUCGGAUCUGUUUAAUGCGCAGCGGAGUUUAGCGACGAGUUCAUUAUUGCGGUGUGGCCGGGCGAGACCUCGGGAGACCAGGGUGUGAGUCUCAUCCGCAAGAGCGCCCUGGGUGAAAUGAUUGGUGGCAAGCAGCGCCACUCGGUCCGCCACGGUGGCUAGGAGAUGUUAACUCCCUCGCCUGGUAUACAAGAGGUUGUGGGUUCGAUUCCGAUCCUGGCGCCUGCUGUAUAUUUGCAGUUUUCGUGUUCUCUCUACCCGUGGUCGCGUGUAUUUUUCUCCGGGUUAUUCACUUUGGAAACGUGCCAUACAUUUCCACAGCAUAAGUCACUUCGUUGAGCUAUCAUUUGUAGGCAGGUCGCUUCUGAAAAAGAGCUACUGUAUAGCUCAGUGGGCCAUCAUCAGGAAAAUAUAAAUUGAGUAAUUUAAUAAAUAAAGCGUGUUUAUGAUCGACAUAGGAAUGCCUUCAUCCAGCAGUGGAUAGACAAUCGCUAAUGAUGAUGACUUAGUAACGCACUAUCAUAAUAAGAUAUUAUAAUUUAAAUGUAUAAUGUUCCAUGUGAUCAUACUGAUUGUGGUCGCUCGAUUAAUUUUGUGAGUUGCCACAUUCGAGUAGCGGAUGGCAGUGGAUUCAUCGGAGUAUCCUUCGGCACAUUCAUUCACGGCCUCAUCUUGAUCGGCAGGGGGCGCGGAGCGGUGGCGCAGCGGUUAGCGCAUUGCGAGUUCACUUCUCGGCCAGGGCCCGAGUUCACGUACCGGCCACCGCUCGCAGCGUCGAGCGACACCCGACUCGGUCCUCCACCAAACCCGCACCGACCAGUGUGGUCCGCUACGGUCAAGCAACCCCCCACCCCCAUGACCGCUACGGGCACAGGGGAAGCCUUCGUCCAGCAGCGGAUUAACAAUGGGCCCGCAAGUUUAUUGAUCAGCAGCAGCAGCCAGCAUGUGGACGACCAGAGCCACGCGGUCUGUCACGCGAUGCUCAUCACCAACCAGCGCUCGAUAUUGCGCCACCGCUCAGCAUUCUCACGUCGCCAGAGUGACUGGACGCACGCAACGCUUGUGUUUCCCCGCAAAAACACACAAAUACAAAGAUCCCCCGUAUAGUCUGUAGCAGACUGUCGGGGCAAGUGCUGUGAGCGAGUAGCACCUCUUAAGGUCGGCCAUGGCACACGCGAGUGGCUGGGUGGCGAGCACCACGCCCGGCCACCUUUGUCUCCCUAGCGACGGUGUGUUUUCACACCGCACUAGGUACUAAUUUGAGUACGAGUCGACCCAGGAGAGGCCCAGGACCAGUUGAAAAUGUAUGUCAAGGUUAUACGGGGGACCUUUGUCUUUGUCUCAUCAGUGCAGAUUUUCGCUCGCGGUCCUGUCCGGACGAACCGCAGAGAGCCGGAGUUCUAACUUCAUGGCAAGAAUCGCCAAACAACAACAACAAGAGGGAAUGUUUUUUUCUUGAUGCUGUUUUAAAUCGCAGUUGUUUGCUGAGCGCAGUGCCCAAAGGCACGGAUUGCCAAGCGACCAGCUGAUAAACAGCACAACUGAAGGUGUGACAGGACGAGUUGACAGGGUUGUGGGAGUAAGCCCGGUGAGAAGGAUGUUGGGGGAAUCGAGACGAAUGGGAGGGGUUUCCUUCGGCCAGCGGAGUGAGGAGAGAAGCAUUGUUGUGAAUUGCGGUGGUGGUGGUUGAGUGCCCAUCAAAUGUAACAUUCCAAUUGGCGGACCGAGUCCUCGGCAUGGCGGGGAGGACUCAAUGAGUUAAGUUCACGGGUCGGUAAUCGUGGUAGCAGCGAUGAGAGAAUGACAAGUGGGCGACUGACCGUCGGCGAGUCGUGAAUUCGGUGAAUGCCGGAUCAUCAAUCAGAGUCCCGCUGCUUUGCUGCUGUAGGGGAGUGCACGCGGAUCGGGACGGCAGGAAGGCAGCGCCGCGCGCGUUUGAUCCGCGUGUGUCGGACGCAAGUCGCUGGCUGUUGCGACCUCUAUACAAAAUUGGCCCAACCUCGUCAGGAGGGACCCCCCUGAGUGGCGGCUGGUUGGCUCGCAGAUCUGCUCCAGGGGCGGGUCGGCGAGAUGUUAACUACCUCGCCUGGCAUACAGGAGGUCGUGGAUUUGAACCCGACCCUGACGCCGGUAUAUUUGGAGUUUGUAUUUUCUGCCCGUGGUAGCGUAGAUUUAUCACCGGGUCCUUCGGUUAUGCCCUCCACAUUUAGAAGAAUCGACUUGCGCUCCGGGUAUUUGGCUGCUAUAAAUGUCCACGUGAUACGCCACUUGGUUGAGCUAUCAUUUCCGGCUAUGUCGAGUCUGAAAAAGAGCUACAUAGCUCAGUGGGCCUUUCUUGGUAAAAUAAAAAAAAACAUUAAUCUUCUUGGUUCUUUCGGUAAAGUCACGUAGAAGGGAAAUAAUAAAAUAAUAAAAUAAAACAUAAUAAAAUAAUUCUC